ACCUGCCCUACACAGCAGCAGCAGCAUCACAGACUAGAGAAGACUGUCUGCUCAAGAUAUAUGCUACUACUCUACCCUUUCACUUCUUUUUUAUUUAUUUACAUUUCUCCUUCACAUCUCCACACUCUUCUACCCUGUAUCGCUACACUGUAGUUGGCUUCAAGGGGAGGUUCUCAGUGAGUUGAGUGAGAAAGCUUGAGUGUUAGAGAAGAAGAUAAUAUGUUCAUCAUGUCCUUGAUAAUGACGAGGAAGAAUGUUUCUUUGACUGUAUUAACUAGAGAAAGAGAUCAGAUAAAGGGCAAAGGUAAAGCAUACAAUGUUGAAAAUUUGUCCCCUUUGAUAGUCACUCUUCCUUGUGUAUGUCAAUGAGAGAUAGAAAGAGAUAAAGAGAGAUGCCUUAUGCCAUAUAUCACUUUUCUCCUUUUCUUCCCCACACGUUUCUUGUCUCGUGGACGUGAUGGGUCUUAAUGUUUUAAUUAGUCCUUGCCUUCUCCUUUGACAUCUUAGGGCCUUUUGUUGGAUUGGAUUUAUCUUCUCUUCUUGUUGGAUUGUGGGUAGUGUUUUUCUUUGCUAAAAAUGCCGAUGUAUAAGCCAAAUAGCUAUAGAAAUGUAAAGCUAGAUGUGGGCGUUGGAGGGCAAGUUCUAGAUCUAGAAACCGCCGUUAAGGAUGGCGUUUUGGACGGUGUUGGCGGUGGUGUUUUAGUUAGUGCUGGUGUGGCGGAGAAAUUGGAUCUGAAGAAGAUGAUUGAAGAGCUUGAAUCAAUAGAAGUACCGUCAGUGUUUAUAUGUCCAAUUUCGCUGGACCCAAUGGAAGACCCGGUGACGCUUUGCACAGGACAGACUUACGAGAGAUCCAACAUUCUCAAAUGGUUCUCUCUAGGUCAUUGCACGUGCCCCACUACAAUGCAAGAGCUCUGGGAUGAUACGGUGACGCCGAACAGGACUAUGCAGCAUCUGAUUUAUAGCUGGUUCUCGCAGAAGUUCUUGGUUAUGAAGAAGAGAUCAGAGGAUGUGCAAGGAAGGGCUAUUGAGCUUCUGGAAAAUCUGAAGAAAGUUAAGGGUCAAGCUAGAGUGCAAACUUUGAAGGAACUGAGGCAGGUUGUUGCCGCACAUUCUACGGCACGGAAGGCUGUGCUGGAUAAUGGUGGGACUGCCUUGGUGUCUUCUUUAUUGGGCCCCUUUACCACUCAUGCCGUUGGGUCCGAAGCAGUUGGAAUUCUCGUGAAUUUGGAUAUUGAUUUUGCAUCCAAGUCGAAUUUGAGGCAACCUGCGAAGAUUUCUUUAAUGGUGGAUAUGUUGAAUGAGGGUUCUAUCGAGACCAAGAUCAAUGUUACCCGAUUAAUAGAAAUGUUGAUGGAAGGGAGUGAUUUUGAGAAUGAAAACUUGUCAAGCCUGAGUCUUUUAGUUGGUCUGUUGAGGUUGGUGAAAGACAAAAGGCACCCAAAUGGGUUAUUGGCUGGACUUGGUUUGUUAAAGAGUAUUUGUUCACAUGAAUCAGUUAGGGGCUCAGUUGUGAGCAUUGGGACAGUUCCUCCAUUGGUGGAACUUUUGCCAAGUUUGAAUAGUGAGUGCUUGGAAUUAGCACUUUAUAUUCUGGAGGUUCUUUCAAGUAUUCCCGAGGGAAGAUUGGCUCUGAAGGGUUGUGCCAGCACAAUACCGAAUGUGGUCAAGUUGUUGAUGAGGGUUUCGGAGGCUUGCAUGCAGCUUGCAUUGUCAAUAUUAUGGGCUGUUUGCAUGCUCGCACCAGAAGAAUGCACUGCACUCGCUGUGGAGGCGGGUUUGGCAGCCAAACUACUACUUGUAAUACAGAGCGGUUGCAAUCCUGAGUUGAAGCAGCAGUCGGUUGAACUAUUGAAAUUGUGUAGUCUAAAUUACACAUCAACCAUUGUCAUUUCAGAGUGUAAGCUUACGAGAACAAUACAGUGAAGAACUAUGAGAAUUUGGUGAUAUAUACCAUCCGUUUCCACUGUCACAAGAUGGAAAGGGGCUUGAGCUCGCGGGAUUAGAUGAUGCAAAAUGGGGUUACUUUAAGGUAUUCUUUUCUCUCGCUUGUAUAUAUCAAAGAUCAUUGAUACACUGUAUUGAUUUUACAUGAAAGAAGCAUCAUAGUGUGGAUUUAGGCUAAUUGCUUCUUGUUUAGUUAUUGAUCCACUGUCUAUGAGCUGGUGGUUUACCAAAAUUAUCUAAUAAUAGCCAAAGAGGUUAUGUUGUUGUUAA